AUGGCAGCCGGGCGGGCGGACGGCGGCGGUGGCGGCGGGUGCGGGAGCGCUGGAUGCGGCGGGGCUGACGUCACCCAGCGAGGCAGCCUGGGAAGGGGGGGCGGGGAUGCGGGACGCGGGGGACGGGCUGCGGCAGCGCGGGGGCGGGGGCGCCAGGUGCGGGCGGGGCGCCUCGGCUCUCAGGCAGCGGAGAACGCGGAGGUCCGCGGCAAUAGGGAGGGCUUCCAGGAGGCGGCGGUGCCUAGACAGGGAGGGCGGUGGCGGCCCGGGGCCCCAGACCGCCGGAGUCUGGGGACGGAGGCCUUUGACACCCAAGUUCAUGCGCACUUGCCCAGCACCCCAGCCUAUGGAGCGGUCCCGGCUGGACCCCAGAAUCCCAAGUCCAAGGGGGCUGGCCAGAGCGCCCCUGCCUUCCCAGUGGUCCCCGCUGGGCCCCAAGACGCCCAGGCCCAGGGUGCUGGCGGGAAAGUCCCCCAAUCCUUCCCCGGGUCCCGCUGGGCCCGACAGCCAGCUCUCCGGAGGCGCUCACAGCCGGGACCCUCACGCGGGCCCCUGAAGCCCACUUCCCCACAACCCCCGGGCUCGGGGCACCACCUAACCCCAGGCCCCGGUCCCCGGCGCAGGUGCGCCCGGCCGAGCUCCACCCCCCCCCCAGACGGGGCGGCCGCCACGCGGGGUCAAGGGUCAGAGGGCGCCGCAGGUUCCAGCCGCAGGAUGGUGGGGGGCCCGCGCCCCCUCCCCCGCGCCCCCGCUUUCAUGUCGGCCGCCGCCCCACGUGGCCUAAUCAGGCGCGUCUGUGCGGAGGAACAUCUGGAGGCCGGCGCCCCUCCCCCGCCCCUGCUCGAACCCCGGACCGCGCCCCCCCCCCCCCCCGCCCCGGCAGCCCGCGCCCAGAAACCCCCAAACCCGCUCCAGGCCGCGCGGGAACGUGGCCGGCGCCGCCACCCCCCCUUCCCCGUGCCGCCCCUGCUGCCGACCCCCGGGCGCCGAGGGGUGGGGACCCGCCGCAGGACAAGCGCCCUUUGUGCACCGCCCGCCCUCGGCGGCCCGCUGACCCCCACCCGGGGGAGGACAGGCACCCUGGCGCCGCGGGGGCUGCCCCUGAACCCCGACACCAGCUCAGGCGACCACCCCUGA